AUGACCAUUCUUUUCGCCAAAGCCCUUGGUGCAGAAGUCACUGCCAUCUCCAGAACGGACUCAAAGAAGGAAUUGGCCAAAAAACUUGGUGCAGACCACUUUGCUGCUACUGCCGAUGAGGAUUUUAUCGAAAAGUACGCCGACACGUUGGAUCUAAUUGUGAAUACAGGAAGUUCUUUCUCUGGAUCUUCCAUGGACAAGCUUUUGUCGAUGCUUGCUCCGAGGGGCAAGUUUGUCUUUAUCACUGCUCCUCCUUCGAACGAAAAUCUCGAAUUAUCGCCUGUGAAGUUGCUUGCCAAUAAUUCAUCCGUACAAGGAUCUGCAAUUGGGUCGCCGGACGAAAUCCAGUACAUGCUUAACUUUGCUGCCGAGCACAAGAUUGAGCCUUGGGUGGAGACCAUUGAUAUCUCGGAGGAGAACCUCGGAAAGGCCUGGAAGAGAGCGGAGGAAGGCGAUGUGAAGUUUAGAUUCACCAUGGUUGGGUACGAUAAGUUUUUCAAGAACUAG